CGCCCCCGCGCAGUGCAGGCGGAGACCCGCUGGUUCCGCUCCACUCUAGCUGGGGGAAAGCAGGACCCUUGGGAGCCGGACCCCUGUGUCAGGUCGCCUAGCCCUGUUCAGGCGUAGACCCGCAUGGAGGAGACUGCGGAGUCUCAGACGCCUGACCUGAGAGACGUGGAGGGCAAGAUGGGCAGGAAGAUUCCCGAAGGGCUGCUCCGUGGACUGCGAGGCGAAUGGGAGCCAGGAACCUCUGGCGCCCUGCUGCUCCCCAGGGAGCCUAGUACGGGCCAAGGCCUGGGGGACAAGAUCAAGGCACUGAGGAUGGAGCUGGCUUACCUGCGAGCCACCGAUGUGAAGAUCCUUCAGCAGCUGGUGACCUUGAAUGAGGGCAUCGAAGCAGUACGAUGGCUGUUGGAAGAUCGCGGAACAUUGACCAGCCACUGCAGCAGCCUCACCAGCAGCCAGUAUAGCCUGACAGGUGGGAGCCCAAGUCACUCAAGACGAGGCAGCUGGGACAGCCUGCCAGACACCAGUUCUACUGAUCGACUGGACAGUUUUUCUAUAGGCAGCUUUCUGGACACUGUGCCCCCCAACGAGCAGGAUGAACAGGGCCCUGCUGGGGCUCCACAUCCAGAGAUGGGUUGGGCAAAGAUUAUACCUAGUGGGGAGAGGGCCAGGACUGAGGUGGACUUGACAGCCACCAAGCUAGGUAACUUGAGGGCUUCAUGGAAACUCCCAGGGGAGGGGCCACUCCAAGAUGGACCUCCUGAAUCAUCAGAGGAUGAGAGUGCCAAGCUGGACUUCGAGACUCACUGGUACUGGGAGCAGUGCCAGGAUGAUGUGACCUUUCUGUAAGGACUUUUCUGUCCUUUUGUACUGUGCUCCUUUUAUCACUAGGCCCUGGGCCCCCUUGAAAUUUAUUCUCCGGGCUGGGGAGAUAGCAUAGUGGUUAUGCAAAUGCCUUAAAAUCCUGAGGCUCUGAGAUCUCAGGCUCAAUCCCCAGCACCACCAUACGCCAGAACUGAGCAGUGUUCUGGUCUUUCUCUCAGUACUUUUCCCUCUGUUAUCUACUCUUUCUCAUUAAAAUAAAGUAAAUGAAAAUAU